GGAAUGAACCCGGAGGGCUGAAGCAGUGUGUGUGGGCCACUGCAGAUACCUGCAUCUCUGAUUUUAUUUAGGGGAUCCUCAAUCGUCAGAGGCACUGGGGACCCUCCAGGCUUCUCAUCACGGUGACCCUGAGGAGAUGGAGCUUUCAGAUCCUUCUGGAAAGGAAUGGUCCAGGCCACGGAGCAGAGCCAGUGUCAUGGCUGCCGGUCUCUGGGGGCUGCUUCUCCUCCAGGCAGCCAUGGGGGUGAAAGGUGCCCAGCCUUGCAGCCCAAAAAGCUUUGGCUACAGCUCGGUGGUCUGUGUCUGCAAUGCCACGUACUGUGACUCUCUGGACCCCCUGACCCUGCCUGCCAUGGGCACCUUCAGCCGCUAUGAGAGCACCCGCAGCGGGCGACGCAUGGAGCUGAGCAUGGGGAGCUUCCAGGCCAACCGCACGGGCACAGGCCUGCUGCUGACCCUGCAGCCAGAGCAGAAGUUCCAGAAGGUGAAAGGAUUUGGAGGUGCCAUGACCGAUGCUGCAGCCCUCAACAUCCUUGGCCUGUCGCCCCCUGUCCGGGACUUGCUCCUGAAAUCGUAUUUCUCUGAGCAAGGAAUUGAGUACAACAUCAUCCGGGUGCCCAUGGCCAGCUGUGACUUCUCCAUCCGUGUCUACACCUAUGCCGACACACCCGACGACUUCCAGUUACAAAACUUCAGCCUCCCGGAAGAAGAUGUCAGGCUCAAGAUCCCCCUGAUUCACCGGGCCCUGGAGAUGUCCCAGCGCCCUGUGUCACUCUUCGCCAGUCCCUGGACAGCACCCACUUGGCUCAAGACGAAUGGGAAAGUGAAUGGGAAGGGGUCCCUCAAGGGCCAGCCCGGGGACCAGUACCAUCAGACCUGGGCCAGAUAUUUUGUCAAGUUCCUGGAUGCCUAUGCCGAGCACCAGCUGAAGUUCUGGGCAGUGACGGCCGAGAAUGAGCCUUCUGCCGGCCUCUUCAGCGGGUACCCCUUCCAGUGCCUGGGCUUCACCCCCGAACACCAGCGUGACUUCAUCGCCCGGGACCUGGGCCCUGUCCUUGCCAACAGCAGCCACCGGGACGUUCGCCUGCUCAUGCUGGACGACCAGCGCCUCCUGCUGCCCCACUGGGCCCAGGUGGUGCUGGAGGACCCUGAGGCCGCUAAGUAUGUUCAUGGCAUCGCUGUUCACUGGUACCUGGACUUCCUGGCCCCAGCAAAAGCCACUCUGGGGGAGACACACCGCCUAUUCCCCAACACGAUGCUCUUUGCGUCUGAGGCCUGUGUGGGCUCCAAGUUCUGGGAGCAGAGCGUGCGGCUGGGGUCCUGGGACCGAGGGAUGCAGUACAGCCACAGCAUCCUCACGAACCUCCUCUAUCAUGUGGUGGGCUGGACCGACUGGAACCUCGCCCUGAACCCCGAAGGGGGCCCCAACUGGGUGCGCAACUUCGUUGACAGCCCCAUCAUCGUGGACAUCGCCAAAGAUACCUUUUACAAACAGCCCAUGUACUACCACCUGGGCCACUUCAGCAAGUUCAUCCCCGAGGGCUCGCAGAGGGUGGGGCUAGAGGCCAACGACAAGACUGACCUGGAGACCGUGGCCCUCCUGCACCCUGACGGCUCUGCAGUCGUGGUGGUGCUGAACCGCUCCUCCAAGGACGUGCCUCUCACCAUCGAGGACCCCACCCUGGGAUUCCUGGAGACCCUCUCCCCCGGCUACUCCAUUCACACCUACCUGUGGCGCCGCCAGUGCCAGUGAGGGCCUCUCCCAGCAUGCACUGGGCCACCCACAGGGACACAGCAGGGGAGCAGGCGAGACCAGCUGGCGGCAGCACCAUCCUCUCUGGUGGGUGCAGGAGAGGCCCCGGGGAAGGGGCCCAGACACCCCAGGCCACCUGUGCUAGGAUCAGACUGCUAUGCCUGUGGCAAUACCACAUCAGGGUGGAGGGAGGUGAAGGUAGAGAAGAGACGGGGCAGGUGGGCCCCAGAUUGGGACUUUGGGACUGAGACGACCAGAGGGCUGUGGAGCAAGUGUUCUGCACAUAAGAGGCCUGCUUGGGUUGAUUCCCCCCCUGGCACCACG